AUGCCAGUGCCUUCAGGAGAGCCCCAGGAGAGGCCCGAGGUGGGGAUACGUUCUGGGGAAAUUCUGGAAGCAGCUGGGCCCACCCUGAGGAAUCUUAAGAGCAGCGUCCCCCGCAGAGCCAUGCUGUAUACCAAGUCCAGGACUGUGCGCAGUCAGACACCGGCCGAGGAAUCGCACCCAGGUUCUGCAGUGAAAAAGAGGAAGAAGAGAGAAAGCUUCAAGGAUCUGUACAGUGUGGGCAAUAAACUGGGCAGCGGCGGCUUCGGAACUGUUUACUCGGCUGUGAGGAUCUCCGAUGGAGCUCCAGUGGCAGUAAAACACGUGCCCAGGAAGAAAGUGGCGGAUUGGGGUCAUCUGAAUCACCGCCCCGUGCCCCUGGAGAUCAUCCUGAUGAGGAAGGUGUCUUUGCCGGAGCACCGAGGUGUGAUUCGCCUGCUGGACUGGUUCUCCAGGCCGGACGACUUCCUGCUGGUGAUGGAGCGCCCGCCCAGAGCCAAGGAUCUCUUCGACCUCAUCGCCGAGCAGGGCUGGCUGUGCGAGGAGUGCCCCUGCUCCUUCUACCGGCAGGCGGUGGAGGCACUGUGGCACUGCCAUGCCUGUGGGGUCACGCACCGGGACGUCAAGAGCGAGAACCUUCUGGUCGACCUGCGCACCGGCGAGCUCAAGCUCAUCGACUUCGGCUCGGCAGCCCUGCUGCGUGACACCGCCUACACCGAUGUCAGUGGCACCAGAUUGUUCAACCCACCAGAGUUCUUCAGACAAGGGCGCUACCAUGCGCUCUCCGCUACCGCCUGGUCCCUCGGGAUCUUGCUCUAUGUCAUGGUCUGUGGUGAUAACCCCUUCAAGGAAGAUGUGGAAAUCCUGGCUGGCGAGAUCCAGCUGUCCUGCUGCAUCUCCAAGGAGUGCGAGGAGCUGAUACGAUGGUGCCUCUCCAUGCAACCCUCCGAACGGCCCACCCUCGACCAGAUACUGUGCCACCCGUGGGUACAGAAUGUCAUCACCAGACCGAAAGCCGUGGGCCUCUGGAGCCCGGAGGAAGACUCCGAGUGUAGCACUAGCCAGGAGAGACAGUAG